AUGAAGGCAGUUGGAGAGAGAUCGCUUCUAACGUUUGUGGGCAUGAAUGAUCGUCAUCAAACCCGGUUGACAGCUUCAUCAACGCUCGAGUGCCAAGUCCGUUCUCUCUGGGGGUACUCCAGCUCCCCCUCGAGCACCCUACAGACCUCUGCUAGGCAACGGACGGGGUGCCCAGAAAAGCGGGUUGGGCCCAGUCAUGUGUACCUGUUCAGGGUCCCCUCCAUCAAAAAAAGCGACUGCUUUUCUCCGCACGACUUCUUCGCCACUUUCUCCUUCGUUCUUUCAUGCCGCUCUGAAGCGCUGCUGGUCCGUCGUCUCUCUGGCAUCCUCGAACGCCCUUUCUCAACCGCUGCUUCGUGCUUAGACGAGCGAGCAGGCUGUGAGGCUGCCUCUGAGCGCAGGUUCGGUUUCUAUCGCAGCAUGUACAUAUACAGCGAUGAGUAUCAACUUGGGGCCUGUGUGCUAAUAGCCAGCGCUACGGUUUUGGUCUUUGAUUUCUUCCUCACGCUGCACGAAGAGAUCAAUCACAUAUGGAUGCAACCAUGGACGCCAGGGACUGUAAUUUUCCUUGUGAACCGCUAUCUGCCAUUUGUCGACACAUCCAUGGUGUUGUAUCUCCAAUUUACGACUACCAACAUCGACAUGUGCAACACGUACUAUCAUGUAUCAACAUGGCUAAUAGCGGUCGGUCUGAUGGUAUCGGAGCUAAUCCUGCUCCUGCGGACAUACGCAAUGUGGCAACGGCGCCGAAUAAUCCUCUACAUUCUCGGCGGGAUGUCCUUCGCGACGUUCGGGCCUGGGAUUGCACUGACAUAUCUAGAGCUCAGAUCGCUAGAAUUCGGAGAAGUGCCAGAAGGCGGACUGGGCUGCAGGCUGCUGAAAGCGAGCAAGCUGAUCUUCGUCACCUACGUGCUGGUGGCCCUCUCAGAAACAGUGGUGGUCGUUCUGACAUUGAUGAAGGGCAAGGAGCACCUCCGGAGCUCCCAGGCGUCCUGGGUGAAACAUAUUUAUCGACACGGUCUUCUUUUCUAUAUGUACCUACUAAGCAUUACUAUAAUGAACGUGGUCGUUCCUCUCGUCGUAGCGGAACCCCAAUACAAGAACUACCUCGCCAUCCCCCAGCGGAUCUUCCACUCCGUCUUCUGCAACCGCGUCAUCCUGCUCAUUUCCCGACAACGCUCGUACCGCGUGUACACCGACCGGCUGGAGAUGACGCGCCCGCGGAGCAUCACCAAAACGAACCUGACGGGGAACAUGCUCGAUACUGCGAUUGGGACGACGUAUGAACGGCGCGAGGGGGAUGUGGAUAUGCUGUCGGAUACGGCGGAGGGGAUGGAGGAGAGGGAUGUGUUUGGAAGCGGGAGUGGGACGGGGACGAGUGCGGGGCUGGGUGGGAUAGGCAUGGACGACCGCGAGCAGCAGCAUAGGGUGCACGAUCUCUCGUUGGUCUACCGCCAGGAUUGGACUCGAUAG